AUGAUCCUUGCGCAGGUGGAGGAGUGCCUCUUCGUCACGAGCUGGGGCACCAAGCUGCCGAUCACGUCCGAGCAGUGGCUCAAAAGGCACAACGCGACGCGCAAAGCCAUCAGCAAUGCGGAGAUGGAGCGGCUGUCAGCUUCAUCAUCGCAUGCGUCAACCCAUGAUGCACGUGCCCAUUCAACAAGUGGGGCAAGCUCUUCGCCGUUGCGCCCAUGUCAGCAGGCCUGCUUGGAAGCGUGUGCAACCGGGGCGCGGGUUAUUCAGAUGGCUUGCGGCUCGGGGAAGACGCGAGUCAUCCAGGAGCUGGCCCGGAAUGUGUCUGGCAAGGUGCUGAUCACGGUGCCUUCGCGGGUGUUGCUGGAGCAGUUCGCGUCAGAGUUCCCGACUUUCUGCAAGGUGGGCAUGGGCUACAACAAGAAAAUCAAGAAACGAGCCUCUGGCUUCAUUGCAGUAACGGAUUCGGUCCACUUGCUCAAGGACUUGAAGUUCGAAGCCGCCUUUGUGGAUGAGGCCCACCAUCCGCUCCCACCAGGGAUGCCAGAGAGCAAGGACCUCUAUCUCUUCUCGGCGACACAUCGUAACGCUACGGACUUUGACUACAGCAUGGGGCAGGCUAUUGAAGAUGGGGUGCUGUGUGACUACGACCUCACCAUUCCGGUGAUCACAGAAGGCCAUGCCUAUUUGGGUUUGUCACAUCUGCUGCUGCAGCAUCCGGGCCGCUUCAGGCGAGUUCUGGCAUACUGCAACACUGUGCGAGAGGCUCAGCGAUUUCAGCGCACCCUUGAAUUGGCAGGCAUGGCUGCAUGGCAUAUCAAUGGCUUCACGAAGCGCAAAUUGAGGGAAGAGGUGGUUCAGGAGUUCGCUGGGAGAUUGCAGAAGCCGGUUCAUGUCCUGGUGACAGUUCAAGUCCUGGGUGAGGGCGUUAACAUUCCCAGUGCAGAUACUUGCAUGUUCGUCGAGCCACGCGAAAGCUACAGGAGCAUUGUCCAAGCUAUCGGCCGCAUAUUGCGACUGCAAACCUCGAAGCCGCUUGCUCACAUCAUUCUUCCGGGAGUGACAAUGCCUGCAGAGGCACAUGUCCCUGUAGGCCCUUCGUGUGAAGAAGGGCUCAAUGCUGGUGCCGGUGCUGCUGCUUCCAACUCUUGGGAUCUGAAUGGCCUGGCAGUCGACCCAGGGCCCUCUAGCAGGAGUGUGCAACCCCAAGCAAAGCAGGAAGCGCCCGGAUCUGCGGGAUCUGAGUCGAAGGCGACGUCUACUAUACAAGGCUUGGAGGCCCUCUCCGACUCCACGCAUGCAAUGCACAUGCGUGCCUCUGGUCACGAAGGCGUUCAUGUCAGUGAGUCGUUGCCGGCAGACGUGGGGCAAACGGAAAGCACCAGCAGCAAAGAGUUUCAAGCAAACACAUUUCCGGACAAGCAGCUACCAGUUGGGACCACUGGCCAAUUGCCAACACCUGGGUGCGAACCAAAGCAGGUCGAAGAGCCGCGGACGGAGUUUUUUGAUGACAGCGAUGCUUGGAGAACUUCUACGCAGCCUUAUCUCAAGAACGACCAUGGCAGCGUCAGGGCACUGGCACUGACGGAAGACGUGUCGAAAUCCGAGCUACUGCAGCAAGCAGACGUCGAAGCGGUGAGAGCAUCUAAGCAGCCGGUCAUGUCCCCGAGGCAGAGAGUCAAGCUUUCCAUCGGUGCCGACACACAAAGACAGGACAGCUUUGCUACACAGCUCGAGCGUUUUCUGUCCAUCCUUGCUCACGCUGACAGUCGCUUGACUGGCUCUUCCUGGAACAUGCUGGGGUCCCGAGUCUGGUUUGCUGACUGCAGAACCUCACAGGCGACAUUCCUGGCCGCCGCCAUCAAGCAAAGUUGGUUUCGUCAGCUUGCCAUACUUCUGCGAUGCCCUGAUCGAUGGGAAGCACGCAUGCAGCAGUUGGAAGACUUUGUGGAGCACUAUGGCCGGCUGCCUCGUUUAUGGGGUGACCGACAGGAGAUAAAGUUGUCCACCUGGCUGGCAGAGACUGGCAAGGGGAUCAAACAGGGCGGCAUGGCAGCAGCUCAGAGACUCCAGAGAUGCCUGAAUUCACCGUCGCCACUUGUUCGUCGUCGAGCGCAGAGUUGGCAGGAUCCGGACAAGCAUUUCCGCGAGGGCUGCGCCAAACUCAAGGACUUCUUGGACAGAUUCCAGUGCUUGCCACCAUGUUCAGGUGCGCGAGCAGAUGUUGAAUCCAAGAAGUUAAGAAUCUGGUUGCAGCAUCAGCGACAAGCUCUUCUGACCAACCCCAAUUCACCCAGGCAAAGUCGCCGUCUCCAGACUCUGACAGCAAUGGAUCCUAUUGUGGAGCAGUUUAUGCAACCCCCAUACAAAAAGCGCGGCAGCCGACAUGCGUUGAAGGUUUUGUUGCCGUUGCAAAGAUUCGUCGCCCAGACCGGCGAGCUUCCAUCACGUCAUAGCACGUCUGCAGAGGAGAGAAAUAUUUAUGCAAGCAUGGCACAGCUUCGGAGGAAGUUUCUGCAGCUGACGCCAAAGCAGCGGCUGCAGGUAGUAACCUCACAUUCGCUCAUAGCCAGCUUUAUGGAACAGCUGCACAGGUAA